AUGUCAGUCAGUGGACCUUGCGUCUGGUUGUCCUCGUUGCCACCUCCGUCUAGCUCUCAUUUGACUGCGAUUGCAAAUAAUUGGUCGACGCCUUCUUGGAACACAGAGCAAGCUCCAUCAAGCUCCAAGGUAAUCUUCUCGGGGUUGCCUAAAUCGUUGGAGAAAGACAGCGAGCUAGCAAAGCCACCUGUCGACAUGCAGUCUGCCGUGCUCAAGGCUGAAAAUGCCUUCCCAGCUGCGGCACCUGUGGGACCGCCAGACUCAGUUCGGUAUUCAAGGGUAGAAAUGCCCUCGGACACCUCUGGGAAUCGGAAUGCGCAGACAGAGGGUGACGCUUCGUUGGCCCGAAUGAAACUAGAGAGACUGAACCAUAGCGAACCGCUACUUUCUGUUCCUGGAGGAGCUUCCAGCCCCCAAGCCCCAAGAGAGUUUACCCCAGAGACUAGAACAGGGGAUCAGGAACAACGAGAGCACGAGAAGGAUCACGAAGAGGCAGGAGCUUCUUCAGAUGACGGAAUGGGAUCACCAGGAGAAAAGAGAACGGCAUUGGAUUCUAAAAAUGACAAGAAAAAAAUGAAAAGAUUCAGACUCACUCAUAAUCAAACUCGCUUCUUAAUGAGUGAGUUUACUCGUCAGGCACAUCCCGACGCUGCGCAUAGAGAACGAUUGUCAAAGGAAAUACCUGGAUUGACUCCACGCCAAGUCCAGGUUUGGUUUCAGAACAGAAGGGCUAAACUCAAGCGACUUACCAGCAAUGAUCGGGAGCGGAUGCUGAAAUCUAGAGCACUGCCGGAGGAUUUCGAUACUACUCAAGUGCUAAGGACCCCUUUUGACAAUAAGACAUCAUCAGAGACACCAGUUCCGUCUUCCCUAAACCGUAUGGCAUCUAUUUCGGGUGCUAAUUCUUCAAAGAUGCUACUCACCGACGGACUGCAACGACUCAAUGACGACGACUAUGUGAUUUCCCCUCUGAGCUCAGCCUCAACAACAACAGGAAAUGGCUUUCCCUCGGCCACCGCCGACCGGGGUUUGGAGGGCUAUUUACCGAAUGGCACGUUAGCAAGCCGAGCUGCACCGACACCUGUUCACGAUCUACAGAGAAACAAUCGCAGUGCCUUCUCGUUCUCACGAUCGAGCAGUUUCUCCGAGUCGUCUUUCAACCCAAGCUUACAUUUCCCCGGUCGGUAUUCUAGACCAAGUGAGCCGCUCAACCAUCCUGGGAUGCCGUACGGACGGCGGCCGAUGGAUUAUGGAAUCAAUCGACCAGCCAAUGGCAUGGUUGUUGGAUACGAUGACCAUCGACAGCUAGAAGGUUCUGUUUCACCAACCGGGCAACCAGAUCAACCGAUUCCAUAUAAUGUGGACAGUCACGGCCAACAAUUGCAUAGCUACCAAUCUCCGCUCACGAUGCCCCCCUCAAAAGGAUUCGGUGGGUUGGAGAUGAACUCUCAUAUACAACCGCAUGGAAGACACAUACCCGCUUUACAAUCACUGCCAGUUUCAGAUGCGCCAGAGUACCGACACUACUCGUACAGCCAUCAUCCAUACAAUAUGAGCAACACUAUGCCCUACUCCCAGGCCAAUGCGUCUAGCAUGAGUCUUCCUGCGUCAUUCCCUUCCGACACAGGUAGUGCGUCCCACGGAUCUGCUAGCGGUGAAGACCGAAUCAAUAAUCCACCUCAAAUCUUGGACCCGUUGAGGGCCAAGUUUGGCAAUCAACCUUUCGAGUACGCCAAUUAUCUAUAA